AGGGCACGGCACAUGCGUAAACACGAAUGGAACCUUGCGCGGCCGACACACGUUGCCGAGUUCGUUUGGACUUGAUCCAGCGGUUUAAGAAGUACAGACAAGGCGGCUGGGCGGGCGCUUUCGCGGUAGGCGGGCGGGGGCUGAGCCUUACUCCACGAGCUCGAGACCCAGGAACCCAAAGACUGGCCCGAAGACCAGGCGUUGCCGAGGUCGGGUUGAACUUGGAGCGCGGGGCGGGGCGGGGCGGGGCAGGGGGAGGGCCGUGUAGACCCGGCGGGGCUUCCGCGCCGGCUUCAAGCAGGGCGGGCGCGCAGGGUCUUCCGAGAGCGAACGGGCGGCUUUUCCCGGGCCUCGGCCCCGACCCCGCCGGCCCCGGCAUGCUGCUGCGGCCGCGGCGGCCGCCCGCGCCCGAGCCGCCAUCGCCCGCCAGCCCGGACCCCGAGCCGCGGCUGGCGGGGGGCGCCCCGGAGACCCCGCCCCGGAGGCCCGCCUCGCCCGGCGCGCUGGCGGCGCCUGCGCCCCCCGCGCCCCUCGGCUCGCCCGCGUCCCCCGGCUCGCCCGUGUCCCCGGGCUCGGCUCAGCGCACGCCCUGGAGUGCACGCGAGACGGAGCUGCUGCUGGGCACGCUGCUGCAGCCCGCCGUGUGGCGCGCGCUCCUGCUGGACCGCCGCCAGGCGCUGCCCACCUACCGCCGCGUGUCGGCCGCGCUGGCCCGCCAGCAGGUGCGGCGCACCCCUGCGCAGUGCCGCCGCCGCUACAAGUUCCUCAAAGACAAGGUCCGCGACGCGCACGGCCAGCCGCCCGGGCCCUUCGACGCGCAGAUUCGCCAGCUUAUGGGCCUCCUGGGCGACAACGGGCGCAGGCGCGGACGCCGCCGCUCCCCCGGGCCCGGACGACCCCCGCGCGGCCGCCGGCCGGCCUCCGCAGCGCCCGCCGAGCCUGGCGCCCCGCCGCUGCCCGCGUCCCGAGAGCUUGACUCGGAUCCCGCGUGGACGCUCAGGUUCAGUCCGUCCCCGCCCAAGUCUGCGGACGCGCCCCACGCCCCAGGCUCCCCGACGGCCCUCUGCACCUUCACGCCGGCGCCUGGCCGCCCGGAAGAAUCCGAGCCCUUCCGUGCACCUGGCUCCCCGCCACCGCCGUCCCCGGGCCCCGCCCGGGAAGACCCCGACUCUCCGCCUGGCCGCCCGGAGGACCACGCGCCCCAGCAGCCCGCGCCGCCGCCGUCGCUGAACGCCGCCCUCAUGCAGACCCUGGGGCACCUCGGCGACAUCGUGUCCAUCCUGGGCCCGCUGCGUGACCAGCUGCUGACCCUGAACCAGCACGUGGAGCAGCUGCGCGGCUCCUUCGACCAGACCGUGUCCCUGGCCGUGGGCUUCAUCCUGGGCAGCGCCGCGGCCGAGCGAGGCGUCCUAGCCGACCCGCGCCCUUGAGGCCUGCCCCUCGGUGGUCCCCGCGCCGGAGGGUCGCCCCCUCAGCCCUGACCCUGCCUGCUGCCUUCCCCGUCCCCCCCCCCCCCAACCUAGGUAUGUUCAAUAAAAAGAUUGCUUUUUCU